CUGAGGUAAUGGUUUUUGGAGCUAAGGCAGAACGUAUAAAAGUUAGCGCUGAGCUUCAGUCUGCAAUGUUCAAAACAUCGGCAGAACUCUAGAUGUAGUCAUGGCCUCCUUGUACCCCUGUAUGACUCUACCUGUGUGUGCAGGUGAGACUCUGGAGGAGACCCUCAGCAGGGAGGUGGCGGAGGAGGUGGGCCUGGAGGUCCAGAGUUUCUCCUUCAGCUCCUCUCAGCACUGGCCGUUUCCUCAGAGCUCCUUCAUGAUGGCCUGCCACGCCUCCGUUAGCCCCGCCCACUCUCAGCUGUGUGUGGAUCACUCUGAGCUGGAGGACGCUCGCUGGUUCUCCCAGCAGGAGGUCCUCUCCGCCCUGCAGACGCCCCCCCACAGAGGAGGAGCCCCCCCCACCCCCUGGCUCCCCCCAAAACACGCCGUCGCUCAUCGACUCAUCACAGAGUGGAUCCAGAACACCAGAUCCUGAACCCGUCUGAGACGCGUUCACUGACAUCCCGUAAACUUGGCUACUCUUAUAAUGUUGGGACGGGACAAUAAAAAGCCUUUCAAAACCUCAACAUCCUACAUUUAAACUUUUAUAAAACUACAGAAAUGUUUUUCCAAA